AUGAGUGUCCUCCAGUGUCUUGAUGACUGGCUGAUUUGGCGAAUCGUCAGUGCCGUCGAUCCUAGAGACUGGCAGCUCCUGUCGACCACUUGCCGGUCCGUCGGCAACUUCGUGCUCGCCUUUCUGCGCGGUCUGCACAUUCUGGACCUCUCAAGCAUCGGCAACGUUAAUCUGAAGCGGCUGGCAUGUGCCUGCCCAAACCUUGAGGAGCUGUGCUUGAACACCCUGCUGAUCAGAAGCCAAUCCCUGACGUAUGUGUCGAGCCUGUCGAAGCUUCAAGAGCUGCAGCUGCGCGAGUGUCCGCUCUUGACGGACGCUGCACUGCACUCGAUCUUCAGCGGCUUGGAUCUCCAAGUGUUGGAUGUAAGCUGGGCAGCCGAGUUCAGCGAUGCACCCUGGGGCCUUGCGCCAGCAUCGUUGCGUGAGUUUCGCGGGGUUGGUUGUGAACAUCUGACCGAGAGGGUAGUUGUACAUCUGUCAAAGAGGUGUCCGCAUCUCACAGUGCUCCACUCCUCUCGGCAUAUCAAUUGGAUCGGAGCGGCACGUCCAGAGCUGUUGGCUUCCCUGGUUGACAUGCAAAAUCUGCAAGACGUCGCAUUCCAAGACAUACCGCUGGAUGAUGACCUCCUCUACACUCUUGCUUGCUUGCCUUCCUUGUCCAGGCUUGAACUCUGGUCCUACAACAGCGAUCAUUACAUCACAGAUGCUGGCGUGAUCUGCCUCGCUGAACACCUCCGGAAGUCUCUCACCAAGUUGAGCUUGGACUCCUUCGUCUUCCAUGGGACGGGUGUUCUGGCUGCACUGUCGAGCUGCUCGCUGCAAGAGCUCCUGCUGGAGGGUACUUCGCUGUGCCAGAUGGGUCGUGUCGACGGCGUGGAGCUCGCACCCAGCCUGGUGAAGCUGCGACUGGCAAAUUGUGGCUUGGCCGGGGUCAUGGACCUCUCGCGUGCAGCCGCACUCGAGUACCUUUGGCUUUUCGACAACCCCGGACUUCAAGGUGUGCAGGGGGCUGGGCAGCAGCUGAAGACCUUGAACCUGGGAUCCACCGGUUGCAGAAGCAUCGAAGGCUUUCGCUUCGAGGGCCUGGAUCUGCUGGAUGUCUCUUCCACCUUGAUUUCGGACAGAGUUUUCGAGGGUGUCCUGCUGGCAGCUCCCCGGAUCACUCGAGCAGUCCUCGGCAGCAACGUUCUGCCUCUGCCCCUGCUGAUGGCCUUUUUGCGACAGGCAACACACCUCAGGAAUCUAAGCCUCGUGGGUGCCGAGGGCAGUGGGCUCUCGAAUCUGGCCAGGUUUCUGUGGGAGACCCGUUCGAGGAGCUCUGGUGUAGCUCCGGGGCUGGAGCUACUGGAGAUCUCGGAGGAUUCGUGUGCCAUGUUGGCCGAAUGGCUUACUAUGGAGCUGGAUCACAUGGUGCUGAAGAGAAGCAGCAAAGACAUCCGUAUGUGGAUCAUCGAGCAGCACCGGCACAGCAGUCCAUAUGGUAGGAUUGAUGGGGCUGAUGUCAGCUGCAUGGCCAGCUUGUACAGACAUGGCGGCGACUUCUGCAACUUGCAUUUCGACGAGUACUCCAAAGGUGACGGCAAGAUAGACUUUAGCAUUGGAUUCACGUUUGGGGAGGACCGCCAGCUCGUUUUCGAGCACCGUGAAGGCCACAAGGUGCAGUUCGCUCUUCCGCAGCGGAAUGGCGACGUCCACGCUUUUGGCGAGGGAACUAACGGCCGCUGGCGGCACGGAGUUCCACCCUCCCUGGAGUGCAAUGGCCCGAGCAUCAGCAUCAAUGUUUGGGGCUCCCGAGGCCACGAGGAGUUUGACAUGCCCGUCUCUCUGCCAGGUCGGUUUCCUCGGAUACACUUUCAAGAUCCAGCUGCUGCUUCGCAUCCCCGCGAGUGCGAGGCCUGUCAUCGCAUCGCUGAGCAGGGUGGCUUCGACUUGGACCGCCGGUGGAGCUGCCGAAGCUGCCAGGCUGACCUGGCCCAGGGCCUCGGCUGGCGACCGGCCUCGGCGGAGUCCCCCAAGGAGGCGACCGACGGCCUCACGGUGAAAGGUGCGCAGCUGGCCUUGGCCAUCUUGGCUGGACGCCGGAAUUAUCUCUUUCGCAGGGCAAAGUUCCCUGAUGGGUGGUACGCCCUUCACGUUGCCAAGGAGUAUCCAGAUCCAGAGAGUUCCGAAACUCUCCAGCUUCAGGGAGAGUGGCCGUCAGCCCCGGCGGAAGAAGACCUGCCGCACGAGGCUUUCGUCGGCCUCCUCUAUGUAAGAGCUGAAGGCUUCGCGGCGAAAAGCGUGGACUGGAAAGGGGCUUUCCGGAAGUAUUAUGUUGCCAAGACGGUGGCAUUGCAGGACCCCUUACCAGCUCGUUCUCCGGGAAUACCGGAAGAGCCGUGGAGGCUGAGCCCAACAGCCCGGCGUGAAGUGUCGGAGCUGAUCGGGAAGAUUUACGAGAACGCCCAUGCUGAAAGUUCAUGGACUCACGAGCCCUCCUGGUGGUCCAAAUGGUCUGCCUGGGACUGGGGCGACUGGGCCUGGAGCGACGAUCGGGCCUGGAGCGACUGGGCCGAGAACUGGGGCGGCUGGAGGUGGGGUCAAAACAGCUGGCAACAGGCCACAGCCGUGAAUUUGCAUGAGCUGUGGACGCUGGUUUGCACAGAUCCUCCUGGUUCCACCCACAAACUCAUGCUGCAUGCAUUGGGAUCUGCAGUCUUUGGCCCCGAGCUUGUGUGA